UGCUUUGCUUAUUGUGCUUUGUUCUCUCAAGACUAUGAAUUUAAAGAAAAGGAGCUGGUUUUAUUAUGGAUGGCUGAGGGCUUAUUGCAGCAACAGUCAUGUGGAAAGAAGCAAGUGGAAGAGGAGAUUGGCCAUCAAUAUUUCCAUGAAUUAUUGUCUAGAUCACUCUUUCAGCAAUCAAAUACAAAUAAAUCACGAUUUGUGAUGCAUGACCUCAUAAAUGAUUUAGCUGUAGAUGUUGCUGGAAAAAUAUAUUGCAAUCUUGAACGUAGCAUGGGUGAUGAAAAAUUAGAGAAAGCUCGUCAUUUGUCAUUUACUCCACACUCUUAUGAAAUCUCAGAGAGAUUCACAGUCUUGGAUAAAUUGAAGCAUUUGAGAACAUUCUUGCCACUCUGUGGUCACCACAACACUCGGCAGUAUUUGUCUAAAAGAAUCUUGCAUGAUUUCCUACCAACAUUAAAUUGCUUAAGAGUGCUAUCUCUUCGCCACUAUCAGAUAAGAGAGCUACCAGAAUCUUUUCAAAAUUUGAAACAUAUUCGGUACAUUGAUUUGUCUAGUACAAGUAUCGAAUGUAUACCUGAAUCAGUGGGUUCUCUUCUCUUCCUACAAACACUACUAUUAUGUGAUUGUGGAAUGCUCAGUAAGUUGCCUAUGACAAUUGGGAAUCUAAUUGAUCUCCAUCAUCUUGAUAUCACUCAUACACCAUUUUUAAAAGAGAUGCCAUCAGGAAUGGGCAAUCUUAAAAAUCUUGUAACAUUGUCCAAAUUUAUUGUGGGGAAGGCAAGUGCAAUGAUGACAAGAUUAUCUGAUCUGAAGAACUUGUCACAAAUUCGAGGAAGACUGUCUAUUCUAGAUUUGCAAAAUGUUUUGGAUGUUCAAGAUGCUAAAGAGGCCAACCUAGACAAGAUCCAUGGUUUGGAAGAGUUAGUCUUGGAGUGGAUUACUUCUGAUUCUGAUAUGGAGUGGACUGCUUCUGAUUCUGAUAUAGAGCGGACUACUUUUGAUAAUGAUCUGGAUUCUGAUUCUGAUUUGGAGCAAACUACUUCUGAUAAUGAUUUGGAGCGGACUACUUUUGAUAAUGAUCUGGAUUCUAAUUUUGAUAAUGAUCUGGAUUCUAAUUCUGAUAAUGAUCUGGAUUCUAAUUUUGAUCUGGAGCAGACUACUUUUGAUAAUGAUCUGGAGCGGAAUCUGGAGCAAACUACUUCUGAUCAUGAUCUAGAGUGGACUACUUCUGAUAAUGAUCGAGAUGAAUUAGUCCUUAAAAUGGAAGUCCUUAACUGGUUAAAACCUCAUUCAAAUUUGAAAAGUCUCAAAAUUUCUUGCUAUGGUGGGGAGAAUUUCCCUCUCUGGGUUUGUGAUCCAUCAUUAUUUUUCAAUUUAUCAUCCAUGGAGCUCCGUGGAUGCAAGAGAUGCACUUUGUUACCAUCUCUUGGCCUACUACCUGUUCUCAAAAAAUUGAUUAUUGAAGGCAUGGAUUCAAUAAAAGCUAUAGGUGCUGAGUUUUAUGGGCAAGAUGGCACUUUUCCGUCGCUGGCUGAAUUGGUGUUUAGAAACAUGCGAAAGUGGAAGGAAUGGACUUCUCCAGCUGGAAGUGCAAGUGACUUCCCUUGUCUUCAUAGGCUUGUGAUUGAAAAAUGUCCUAAGUUGUUAGGACAAUUACCCAACAACCUUUCUUCACUUAAAGAGUUAGAUGUUAGAAGUUGCAAUGGGAAGCUUUUGAAGAGUAUGGGAGAUGUCCCCUCUCUUACUUAUUUGAGAAUUAAGCAAAUUUCAGAAUUGACUUGCUUGCCUAUGAGCAUGAGUCUUCCAUCAUUGAAAGAGUUGUCCAUUAGAGACUGCAAUGGGGUGCUUUUGAAGAGCAUGGUUGAUCUCACUUCCCUCACUAACUUGAGAAUUAAGCAAAUUUCAGAAUUGACUUGCUUGCCUAAGAGUUUUACACAGUCCUGGACAGCACUUGAGACUUUGUAUAUCAGCGAUUGCAAUGAUCUUACUUGUUUGUGGGAGGAAGGGACAGAAAUAGAACAAAGCCUCUUGCCUUUCAAUCUUAAACAUCUUGAGCUUUACGUAUGUGGAGCUUUGGAGUCAUUACCUGAUGCAAUGAUGAUGAGGAUGGAUGGAAGCAGUAGCAGCAACACUAGUUUGUUGAUGUCGAGACUAGAAACGUUGGAAAUUUUUGGUUGUGAUUCUCUCAAGUCGUUUCCAAGAGGCAAAUUACCCAGCUCGCUUAAAUACUUGAGAAUAGAUAAUUGUAAAGGUCUUGAGUCUUUACCAGAUGCUGAUGGUGACAAUCUACAUUUGGAAAUAAGUAAUCUUCCAUGUUUUUAUUCUUCUCAGGGUAGUUGUCAUCAGCUACCAGCUUUUCUCAAUGAAUUUACAGUUACUGAUGGUGGCGAGCGGUUGGAAUCAUUUCCAGAGAGAAUGUUGCAGAAUUGUAUGGGACUCCAAUCCAUUAGAAUUGUUGGCUGUAAAAUAUUGAAAAGUUUACCCAAUCUUGAUUGCGUCAGCAAUCUCGUUGAAUUAUUUAUUUGCUGCUGUGCUGUUUUAGAGUCCAUACCAGAAGAGGUGGGGUUAUGCACCCCCAAUCUUAUUUCGUUGGGUAUUUUUGGGUGUUAUUAUUUGAAAUCCCUCCCAAAUACGAUGUACCAGCUGAAAUCUCUUCGAGACCUACAGAUAAUGUGGUGCCCCAGCAUCGAGUUCAUUCUAGAUGGGGGUUUGCCCCCAAACUUAACAAAUCUUCAAUUACGGAACUGUGAGAAUCUCAAGUGUGUGUCGAAUACAAUGUACCAGCUCACAUCAGUUGAGGAUCUAUCACUUUCAGGUGAGGUUUUGACGAUGGACCUCCAAAACCUUACGUCUCUUCGAUCGUUGGGAAUUCAGCAGAAAUUGCCUCUGGAUAUUGUGCUGCCUUCUUCUUUAACCUCUCUUUAUAUCUGGAAAGAAGAAAAUUUGGAAUGCAUACCUGGGGGGCUAUUCCAAAACCUAAGCUCCCUUCAAUGUUUAAGUAUACAAGACUGCCCGAAGCUACGAUCUUUGCCAAAGGAAGCCUUCCCUCCCUCACUUGGACGACUAAGCAUUUGUGCGUGUCCGCAUGUACAACGACAACGCUUUAAGGCGGAAGGAGACUAUUGGACUCUCACGCGUGGCAUCCCCUACAUUGAGAUAGAUGGGGAAAAGGUCCUCUAAGCACAGUUUCAGUCACGAUUUUUACACGAAAGGCCUGCUACAGUUCAUGUGCCCAAUGGCAACUAGUGCACUCCAAAAACAUCGCACGUCUCUGCCUUGGCCACGUCCAGUUGUGAGUUU